CCGACGUCGGGCAACACGGGCAUCGGCUUGACCUCAUGGCAGUCCCUUGUUCUCUUGUGUCCCUCUGGACCUCUCCCUUUCCUCCCCAGAGCGUGCUGGUUGAGCCGACGUCGGGCAACACGGGCAUCGGCUUGACCUCAUGGCAGUCCCUUGUUCUCUUGUCCGACGUCGGGCAACACGGGCAUCGGCUUGACCUCAUGGCAGUCCCUUGUUCUCUUGUGUCCCUCUGGACCUCUCCCUUUCCUCCCCAGAGCGUGCUGGUUGAGCCGACGUCGGGCAACACGGGCAUCGGCUUGGCGUUCAUAGCAGCGGCGAGGGGCUACAAGCUCGUCCUCACCAUGCCCGCCUCCAUGAGCCUCGAGCGCCGCGUGCUGCUCAAGGCCUUCGGGGCCGACCUCGUUCUCACGGACCCUGCCAAGGGUAUGAAGGGCGCUGUGGCCAAGGCGGAGGAGAUUGUGAAGGGCACCAAGAACGCCUACAUGCUGCAGCAGUUUGAAAACCCCGCCAAUCCCAAGCUUUGGAAGGCGUUUGGGGCGGACCCGGUGCUCGCAGACCUGUUGGGGACCCGGUGCUCCGGGACCUGA